CACGAGACACCGAAAACAGAAAUCCAGAACUUUUGUCUUUUACCUUCCAUGUUAGCUUAACUCGCCUGCAUAAUUCCUCCCUUCGUCAGUAAGCAAACUAAACCUUCAUAUCUCUUUCUUUCUUUCUUUCUUUCUAUAAAAAUGGCUCAUCGAUCCCUAUUAUCAUCGUGUAACAACACCCUAUCUCUCAUCUUCCUCCUCAUCAUCGUCACCAUAUCAUCAUCAUCAUCAAUGGCCGAAACCGAUUCAUCCGUUCCUGCAUCUGUAUCAGCACCAGUAGAAGAAGAAGCAGCAGUUCACAUCGUUUACACCGAUCGACCUCAACACGAAGAACUUGAAGAUUAUCACAUUCACACGCUCUCUUCGGUCCUCGGAAGUGAGGAGGCAGCAAAAGGAGCUUUGCUGUAUACUUACAAGCAUGCAGCUUGUGGGUUUUCUGCUAAACUCACUCCCAAGCAAGUUGAACAACUUUCAAAACAACCAGGUGUUCUCCAGGUGGUGAAGGACGGGACCGUGAGGCUCCAUGAUUCACCUGCAAAGCUGCACACCCUCUAAAGAUAUCUACAACUGCUGAUGCCUAUAGGAGUGUGAGCGUUUAAUCCCUCUUUAAACAUGUAAACGUUUGUUAUCUUGAUGUCUGUUACCUUUUAAUGGUGUUACUUCGUCUGAAAAGGAUAACAUGUUAAAAAGUUCUUUUAAAAUAAUGUUUGUGUUAGGGGACUUCUGCACCUUUCUCAUCUAUAUGUUCAAACUGAACUGUGUACUUUCUAAUCACAUAGUUAUGCCAGGUUCUAUUAGAAAUUA